AGCAUUCUGUUCACACAGAGGAAUCAUAAAUAGACUGCUGUGGAUUGGAGGACUCUGGACACCAUGUUAAGGAGGAGGACACCAUAAGCCCUGUCCUCCUGUCCUCUCUUACCACACCAUGUGGAAGGACAGACAGGCUCAGCUGUGCCUAUUUUCAGUUCUUCUUGCUUUCCUGCCUUCUUCUUCCUUGCCCAAUGGAGACCCGAAAUAUAUGGUGCUGGCCCCUUCCCAGCUCUACACUGAGACCACUGAGAAAAUCUGCCUCCAUCUCUACCAUCUGAAUGAGACGGUGACUGUCAGAGCUUCCUUGGUAUCUCACUCGGGAAGGAAACACCUGUUCAAUGAGUUUGUGGUUGACAAAGACUUGUUCCACUGUGUUUCCUUCAUUAUCCCUAGAUUAUCCUCUUCUGAAGAGGAAGAAUUCCUCAACAUCGACAUCAAAGGGCCAACACAUAAAUUCAGCAAAAGGAAUACUGUGCUUGUGAAGAACAAAGAAAGUGUUGUUUUCAUCCAGACAGAUAAGCCCGUGUACAAGCCAGGACAGUCAGUUAAAUUUCGGGUUGUCUCUAUGGAUAAAAAUCUACACCCCCUGAAUGAGUUGUUCCCUCUGGCUUACAUUGAGGAUCCAAAAAUGAACCAAAUUAUGCAGUGGCGGGAUAUUAAGACGGAGAAUGGGCUUAAGCAAAUGUCCUUCAGCCUGGCAUCAGAGCCCAUUCAGGGCCCCUACAAGAUAGUGUUGCAGAAACAGUCAGGAGUGAAGGAAGAACAUUCCUUCACCGUGAUGGAAUUUGUGCUUCCCAGAUUUGAUGUCGACGUGACAGUCCCAAAUGCCAUCUCUGUGCAUGAUGAGAUACUCAGUGUGACUGCAUGUGCGAAAUAUACCUAUGGGAAGCCUGUCCCUGGAGAUGUAAAGAUAACCAUAUGCUAUGAAUAUGAGUACUAUAUCUCUGAGACUGAGUCUGAAUGCAAAGAAAUCAACUCCCAGCUAGACAACAAUGGGUGCACCACACAAGAAGCGAACAUCACUGAGCUCCAGUUAAACAGAAGCUAUUACAGAGUCCAGCUCCUUCGUGUGAAUGCAACUGUUACAGAAGAAGGGACAGGAUUGGAGUUCAAUGGAUCUGGAACAACUAAAAUUGAAAGAACCACAAGCAAGCUCAUAUUUCUGAAAGCAGAUUCACACUUCAGACAUGGGAUUCCAUUCUUUGUGAAAGUCCACCUAGUGGAUAUCAAAGGAGCUCCUAUCCCAAAUAAGCAAGUCUUCAUCAAAGCUCAAGAAAUUAGCUACACAGAUGCUACCACCACUGAUCAGCAUGGCCUGGCAAAGUUCUCCAUAGACACCAGCGGCAUCUCAGGCUAUUCCCUCAAUAUCAGAGUCUACAACAUGGAACAAAAUUCAUGCUCCCAUUCCAUUUGCAUAGAAGAAACACAUGCAGAGGCACACCAUGUGGCCUAUGCUGUUUACUCCCUCAGCAGGAGCUACAUCUACCUUGAGACAGAGUCCAGCAGCAUCUUGCCCUGCAACCAGAUUCACACAGUUCAGGCACAUUUUAUUCUGAAGGGGAAGAACUUGGGAGUGCUGACAGAGCUCCUUUUCCACUACCUGGUCAUGGCCCAGGGCAGCAUCAUCCAGACUGGAAACCACACUCAUCACGUGGAGCCAGGAGAAUCUGCAGUAAAAGGCAGCUUUGCCUUGGAGAUCCCUGUGGAGUUCAGCAUGGUCCCCAUGGCUAAAAUGCUCAUCUACACCAUCCUGCCUGAUGGAGAAGUGAUUGCAGAUUCUGCAGCAUUUGAAGUUGAAAAGUGUCUUCGCAACAAAGUGGACCUGAGCUUCAGCUCAUCUCAAAGUCUUCCUGGCUCACAAACCCGUCUGAGGGUCACAGCUUCUCCUCAGUCCCUCUGUGGCCUGAGAGCUGUGGACCAAAGCGUGCUGCUCCUGAAACCCGAGGCUGAGCUCUCCCCUUCCUGGGUUUACCAUCUGCCAGGUAUGCAGCACAAGAAAUUCAUCCCAAGUUCCGACCCGUCUGAAGACGAAGAAGACUGUGUGACUGGCAGCCAAUAUUAUGAGCACACAUACUCAGUACCAUAUGGGCAAGAGAAAGAUGUCUACAGAUAUGUGACAGAUGUGGGUUUAACGGCAUUCACUAACUUGAAGAUCAAACAUCCUACAUUUUGUUAUGACUAUGACAUGCUUCCAAUGGCAGUACCUGUUUUGGAAUCUGAUGUUGUACGACUUCGAAGUGAAGUAUCUACAAAUUUCCACCCAGUAUCAAAUAGAAAUCCACCACCUGAAGAUCCACUUACUGAAACCAUUCGGAAAUAUUUUCCAGAAACCUGGGUCUGGGAUAUAGUCACAGUAAACUCCUCUGGAAUGGCUGAAGUGGAAAUGACAGUCCCUGACACCAUCACUGAAUGGAAGGCCGGAGCCUUCUGCCUGUCCAGUGAUACUGGCCUUGGCCUCUCCUCGGUGGCACCUCUCCAAGCCUUCCAGCCCUUCUUUGUGGAGCUCACAAUGCCCUACUCUGUGAUCCGUGGAGAAACCUUCAUGCUCAAAGCCACUGUGAUGAACUACCUCCCUACAAGCAUGCGGAUGGCUGUGCAGCUAGAAGCCUCUCCUGAUUUCACAGCUGUCCCAGUAGGAAAAGACCAAGAUUCUUACUGCCUUGAUGCCAAUGGGAGGCACAUCUCAUCCUGGUUGGUAACUCCCAAAACUUUAGGGAAUGUGAAUUUCUCGGUGUCUGCAGAAGCACAACAGUCCCCAGAGCUCUGUGGUUCUGAGGCGGCCACAGUUCCUGAAACUGGGAGAAAGGACACAGUAGUCAAAGGCCUGAUAGUUGAGCCUGAAGGAAUCAAGAAAGAGCAUGCCUUCAGCUCACUGCUCUGCGCAUCAGAUGCUGAGGUGUCAGAAAAAUUGUCCCUGGUGCUCCCACCAACAGUAGUGAAAGAUUCAGCCAGAGCCCACUUCUCUGUGAUGGGUGAUAUCUUGAGUUCAGCCAUAAAAAACACACAAAAUCUUCUCCAGAUGCCCUAUGGCUGUGGGGAGCAGAACAUGGUCCUUUUUGUUCCCAACAUCUAUGUACUGAAAUAUCUGAAUGAAACCAACCAGCUGACUCUGAAGAUCAAGUCCAAGGCCCUUGGCUUCCUCAGAGCUGGUUAUCAGAGGGAACUGAACUACAAACACAAGGAUGGCUCCUACAGCGCCUUCGGGGAUCAAUACGGCCAGAGUCAAGGAAACACUUGGCUCACAGCCUUUGUGCUCAAGUCUUUUGCCCAAGCUCGAGCCUUCAUCUUCAUUGAUGAGUCACACAUCACCCAAGCCUUCACCUGGCUCUCCCAGCAGCAGAAGGACAAUGGCUGCUUCCAGAACUCUGGGUCACUCUUCCACAAGGAGUUGAAGGGGGGAGUAGAUGAUGAAAUGACCCUCUCUGCCUACAUAACCAUAGCCCUUCUGGAAAGUUCACUUCCAGCCACGCAUCCUGUCGUCUCCAAAGCCCUGAGCUGCCUGGAGUCAUCGUGGAAGACCAUAGAGCAAGGAGGAAAUGGCAGCUUUGUGUACACCAAAGCAUUGAUGGCCUAUGCUUUUGCCCUGGCGGGGAACCAGGAUAAGAGAAAUGAAAUCCUGAAGUCACUUGAUAAGGAAGCUAUAAAAGAAGACAACUCUACCCAUUGGGAAAGACCUCAGAAACCAAGGAAGUCCGAGGACACUUUGUACAAACCCCAGGCUGCCUCUGCUGAAGUAGAAAUGAGUGCCUAUGUUGUCCUGGCUCGACUCACUGCCCAGCCAGCCCCAGCCCCUGAGGACCUGACUUUGUCAAUGAGCACCAUCAAGUGGCUAACAAAGCAGCAGAAUUCCCAUGGUGGCUUCUCCUCCACACAGGACACUGUGGUGGCCCUUGAUGCUCUGUCCAAAUAUGGAGCAGUUACUUUUUCCAGAAGCCAGAAAUCUUCUUUGGUGACCAUCCAGUCUUCAGGGUCAUUUUCCCAAAAGUUCCAAGUAGAGAACAAUAAUCGCCUGUUACUGCAGCAGGUCCCAUUACCAGACAUUCCUGGGGACUAUACCAUCAGUGUGUCAGGUGAAGGAUGUGUGUAUGCUCAGACUGCACUGAGAUACAACAUGCAAUUGAAGAAACAGGAGGCUGCAUUUGCUCUACGGGUACAGACAACACCUCUAACUUGUAAUAAUCCCAAAGGCCACAACAGCUUCCAGAUCUCACUAGAAAUCAGUUACACAGGGAGCCGUCCAGCCUCCAACAUGGUAAUUGCUGAUGUGAAGAUGGUAUCUGGUUUCAUCCCAUUGAAACCAACAGUGAAAAAGCUUGAAAAAUUAGAGCACUUGAGCAGAACAGAAGUGAGCAACAACAACGUCUUAUUAUAUCUGGAUCAGGUGACCAAUCAGACACUGGCCUUCUCCUUCAUCAUUCAACAAGACAUCCCAGUAAGGAACCUGCAGCCAGCCAUUGUGAAAGUCUAUGACUACUAUGAGACAGAUGAAGUGGCUUUGGCUGAAUACAGCAGCCCCUGCAGCUCAGGUGAGCACCUAGCAUCCCUACCACAAGCCUUCCUCUGACCUUCUUCCCCUCAAAACUAUCUUGAAUGUGGGUUGGUGAGCCAAGAGAGACAGCCAGGCACGUGGUUGAAUGAGGUUUCAACCCCAGAGAACCCCUGUGAUGGAAGGUGUUCAGCUUUAUUCCUGGGCUCCUGGCUUUCUCAGCUUCAGCCCUUCACAGCCCCUAUCACAGAGAGGUCUAUGGCCAUCGAUCACAUAGGAAUAGUGCCCCAGGCUCUCGCACAUAUAGAUAAGGCUUCCCAAGCUCUCUGACCAAGCCAGUAGGGGUUACCUGCUGCCAAACCUUAACCCAUCCAAACUGUAUAUAUUUAGCCUAUCUCAAAAGUAAAGUGUGUGCGAGAAUCA